AUGGCGUCCCCGGUGGCCCUGUCGCGGUGUCCCCGGGCGUCCCGGUGGCUGUGGGCGCUGCGCCCGGCGGUCGCGGGGCCGCGGCGCGGGGCGGGCCACAACCGCUGGUCCAAGGUGCGCAACGUCAAGGGCCCGCGCGACGCCGCCCGCAGCCGCCUCUUCCAGCGCCUCGGCCUCCUCCUGCGCACGGCCGCCCGCGAGGGGGGCCCGGACCCGGCGCUCAACGCCCAGUUGGCCAACGUGGUGGAGCAGUGCCGGGCCAAGAACAUGCCCAAGGCCUCCAUCGAGGCCGCCAUCCACGGCGCGGAGAGAGCGGCGGCGGCGACGCGGGUCGUCUACGAAGCCCGAGGCGCCGGCGGGUGGGCGCUGCUCCUGGAGGUCCUCACCGACAACCCGCGGCGGAGCCAGCAGGAGAUCCGCCUCCUCCUCGCCCGCAACGGGGCCGCCAUGGCCGACGGCGCCCGGCACGGCUUCGAGCAGAAGGGGGUGGUGCGCGUGGCCCGGGACCUGCGGGGGAGCCCCGUCUCGCUGGAGGCCGCCCUGGAGGCUGCGGUGGAGGCCGGAGCUCAGGACGUUUGCCAGGAGGAGGAGGAGGAGGAGGAGGAGGAAGAGGAGGCGGCGCUGAAGUUCAUCUGCGAGACCUCGUCCCUGCGGGCCGUGCGGGAGCGCCUGGAGGCCUCGGGGCUGCGCCCGCUCUCGGCCACCAUCGAGUACCUGCCCCGGGACCGCGUGGCGCUGCCGGAGGGGACGCGGGAGGAGGCCGAGCGCCUCCUCCAGGCCCUCGGGGACUACCCCGACGUCGUCAACAUCUACCACAACAUCCAAUAGGAAACCGGGGGGGGUGUGGCCCUGGAAUUUGGGGUCACCUCCCCCCCCUCCAUAUUGUUGGUGACAAUAAAAGCCUUUUCUCGAGCGUUA